GCUCCCGCUCCGCUGCAGACCGGGAAGCCAUCGACAAUCUGGUCUCGUUUGCGAACCAAAACCGGGCAUCGAGAAUCUUCAAUCCGACAAGACCAACCUUCUCAUCGAUGCGCUGCUGGCUUCAGCUCCGGGGAGUGUGCCCCAGGCGCCCACGGAGCUGGAGUCCCUUCACGCGUUGAAGGAACUGAUCGAUCGGCGCAUCGAGAAGCUGACAAGCGGAUCUUCGGAUCCCCAUUGAAGCCAUUUGUCGAUGGCACGCAACUCCGGCGACAAGCACCCUUUCGCAACGAGAUCCUUCCCCCCCCUCCUCUCCACUACGUUUGA